UUCAUAUCCCCUCCAAAACACAACCUCAAUCACCUGAGGCAUAUUUGUAAAAUUCGUUGUUUAGCUGUCAGUUAUUAUCAUUGGGGCAGGACACUUGAGGAACAUUCCAUUCGCAAUUGCAAUUACUCCCAAUCAGUAAUGGAGCCUGAUGACGCCAGCAAUGGAGGUGUCUCUUGGCGCGGCUGCUCCAUGGAUGAAAUUUAUCGGAAUCUUAGCAGAUGGGAAUUGCGGCACGUCCUUCCUGUGCAGCCAAGUGAUACUCAUGCAGUUCUGUAUCAUUUUCCAAUUAGAAAUCCGAAUGAACCGCCAAAACCCCUCCGUCAGCACGAGAAAUGGGAUUCGAACCACGUCCGGUUGCCGAGUUCGUCCCACAGUCAAUAUCCUGUAAACAAAAGCGAUGGAACUGUGACGAUUGAAAGCCGAUGGGAGUUGAUACGAAGUGCUUUUGCCCGACCUAUUGGCGACAGCAGGGAAUUGGAGCGAGCUAUUUUGUCGUACAACUCAAAAUACAGCAAAGACUGGAAGUUUAGAGCAUUGCAUAAGCUCUUCGAAGAGGAAUCUACAGAAGAAGAAAAGGAAGCUUUCUUUGGAAACAUAUUACCCAAAAUCAUAUCGCUAGCCUUGCGGCUACCAGAACUAGUAGCGGCACCAAUUCCACUCUUAAAACAGGGACAAAACAGAUCGAUUUCACUGAGUCAACAGCAAGUGUCAUCUUUGCUAGCGAAUGCCUUUCUUUGUACAUUUCCUAGAAGGAAUACGAUGAAACGGAAAUCGGAAUAUAGUACGUUUCCGAAUAUAAACUUUAGUCGAUUAUUUACAUCAACUGGUCCGCAGGUUAUCGAAAAAGUCAGAUGUAUAUGCCACUAUUUUCGGCGGGUCUGCAAUUCUCCGCCACUCGGUGUUAUUACGUUUUCCCGACGUUCGCUGACGGAGAAGGAUCUCCCUAAAUGGGAUGAAUGUAACGCACCAUUGGGCAUCACCCCACUUCACGUAUCAUCAUCAGGAACUAUAGAAGAUCAAGGACAAGGUCUGUUACAAGUGGAUUUUGCAAACAAGUUUUUAGGCGGUGGAGUGUUGGGAAGUGGCUGUGUACAGGAGGAAAUUCGAUUUGUUAUUUGCCCCGAACUGCUAGUGAGCAAACUUUUUACUGAAGCCCUCAAACCCUGCGAGGCGCUUAUAAUGACCGGCUGUGAACAAUUUAGUAAUUAUACUGGCUACGCUUCCACAUUCACUUGGGCUGGAAAUCAUAUCGAUGAAACACCAAUGGAUGAAAGCUGCCGGCGACAAUGUAAUAUUGCUGCUAUUGAUGCGUUGCAUUUUGUCCAAUCUUCACAUCAAUAUCGUGAGGAGUUAAUCAUAAGGGAGUUAAAUAAGGCUUAUGCAGGAUUUAUGCAUACAUUGGACACGCCCGCUCCGGGCGUGGCAUCCGGAAACUGGGGUUGUGGUGCAUUUGGUGGAGAGGCUACAUUGAAGGCGUUGAUACAGCUGAUAGUGUGCACAAUUACUAAACGUCCGUUAGUCUACUUUACAUUUGGAAAUACAGAAUUACGUGAUGCGAUUCAUGACAUUCAUACGUUUUUCAUUGAAAAUAAUGUGACGGUGAAACAACUGUGGUCGUAUUUGAAGGCUUUCCACAGUCACAAAUUGGCACCGAGUGAUCUGUAUGCAUUUAUUUGUCAAAUGCAUUGUGAUAGGCAGCAGGACGCGAGAGUGAAAGCGAGCAGCAGUCGGAUGCAACGUGUAAUUACAAGUACAAAAGGCCUUCUUCUCGAGACCAAAAAAAUAUUCACCACUGAUAUUAAUCCACGGCCAAAUUCUUUCAAAAAGAUUAAGGCCAACGUGAUUCAAAAGGUAUGCGAAGAGACGUUAAUUGUGGACGUAUCCGAUGAUGAGAAGGAAAGCGACGACCAGGAUAAGGCGAACGCAAGCAGUGAUCUAUUCUCGCCAGAAUCGAGUCCAGAUGGUACAUGCAAUGGGAGAAAGUCGGGCAAUUCGGAGCCACCGACCCCGUCUCAUGAAUCUCAAGCUUCUGGGUCUGCUGCUAAGACUGGUUCAAAAUUUCGGCAAAGAUCUCUUCUAGAAAUGCUCGAUUGUGAUUACAAUAAAAGUAAAGAUGCAUCCGCCAAGCGGUUUAAGGCCAAUGAUGCGAUCGAUAAUAGAUAGUAAGAAAUUUGUAUAGUAUCACCAACAUAGAAUAAGGUUCAUUCUGUCGAAAUAUAUUUAUUAAAAUC